AUGUGUAUCAAGAUCGUCACUAGAUGCUGCCAUUGCGGCGAGCCUCUGACUCCCUAUUUUAUCGCCUGCAAUGCUUGGCGUGUCGAUGCCCUGAGGGCUGGCAGGGAGUAUCUAGACCUUCCCAGAGCAUCUGAAUGUACACAUCUUGAGCAAGAGAUAAAACCCGUGCUCUCGGGAUGCCCCAACAACGAUACCUGCCCGUCUUGGUUUGACAACCUCUUAAGGGGCUUUGGAGAUGCCAAGAACGUGGAUCGAGAGAUUCAGUUGGUACGAGACAGCGUUGCCCGGGAGAAGUACAAUGAGCUUGAGGCAGACUUUGCUUGUAAGUACUUUGCGAAGAAGCCCAUCCCACCUCGCAAAGAGCCUGAGAGUUUUCGGCUUACAAUUUUGAGAGAUCGUUUUGCCGAUGGCCAAUCUUCCACCCCUACUCUUACUCUAGACAGUGAGACUGAUCAUGAAGGUUCAGUGGAGAUUUCCGACUAUGGGUGUAGGUCAGCUAUUCACAUGCAGUGUGGUGAGGCCAACAAUGACAAUGCUGUUCAACAUGCCAGCGGCGAGAGCGCAGAAAUAGACCCAGAAGACCUGUUCUUGGGGGGUUUGCUCACAAAACGCUCUGAAGGAGAGGGAGGUCAACCGCCUGUGACCAGAUCAACUGGGGAGGCGUAUCAGGACCUAGUGGUUCCUGUAUGGAAUGUGUUCUACCCUGCCAUGGACCUGGGCCGGGAUGGUGAGUUCUGCGACUGA